UUUUGUCUUUUUUCCUAUUGCAAAAAGUAUUUUCUGAACUUUUUCUAACUUUCUAUGCAGAAGGGCCAUAGAGUUGAAUGUUUGAUUAGGUCUUUUAUGGCUUUCUUUGAGUGAUGGGAGGAAGGAAGAGGGAGUGAGUUUCUGUGGACUUUAUGCUCCCAUAUGAUUGCACUGGGCUAGACGUACAUCCCUGGGAUAACUCUUCAAUUUUACAUUCAUUGCUCUUCUUCCUUAUAUUUUUUAUAGCUGACAGGCAGGAAGGAAUUGGUGUCUGUGGCUGGAUCCUGGUUUCCCUUUCAUUCCUCCUGGUGCUUAUUACCUUUCCUAUUUCCAUCUGGGCAUGUAUUAAGGUUGUCAGAGAAUAUGAACGUGCUGUUGUAUUUCGUCUGGGACGUAUUCUGCCUAAGAAAGCAAAGGAACCAGGAAUGAUCCUUGUACUUCCAUGUACAGAUACAUUUAUCAAGGUUGAUCUUAGGACAGUUACCUGUAAGAUUCCUCCACAAGAGAUUCUCACGAGAGAUGCUGUUACUGCCCAGGUGGAUGGGGUGGUGCACUACAUGAUCCACAGUGCUGUCAGUGCUGUUGCCAACGUCACUGAUGUCCACUCUGCCACCUUGCUUCUGGCACAGACAACCCUGAGAAAUGUUCUGGGUACACAGAGUUUAGCUCAGCUCCUGGCAGGUUGUGAGGAGAUUGCACACAGUGUCCAGGCUACCCUUGGCAGUGCCAUGGAGCAGUGGGGAGUCAAAGUGGGCCGUGUGGAGAUCAAAGACAUCCGGAUCCCCGUGGCCAUGCAGAGGGCAAUGGCAGCUGAAGCAGAGGCUGCUCGAGAGACAAAAGCUAAGGUUGUGGCAGCUGAAGGAGAAAUGAAUGCUUCCAAAGCUCUCCAGAAGGCCUCCAUGGUGCUGUCCGAGUCUCCAGCAGCUCUACCGCUGCGUUACCUGCAAACGUUAACAGCUGUGGCAGCACAGAAUAAUUCCACCAUUGUCUUCCCUCUCCCUAUAAAUAUAUCUGGAGGUUUGGGGCAGAAAAGUACAGGGGGAUAGAGAAUGUUCUAUGCUAGCUCCUAGGCCAGAGAUAUUUAAAGGUUUUCCUAGGAAGCAAGGGGGUCCUGAUUGGCAGUUAAAGUAGAAGCAUGUUUGGGUCCUCUGUCCCCAAAAUAAGAGUAAAGUAAGUAUAAUAAUCAUGCACAGCUCCCAUGUUGAGACUGCAUUUGCAAAGUUUAGACACCAAGCAGUUCCAGCUUAGACUCACCUGGAAGAAAAUAUAUAAAAUGGACAUUAGACCUAAUAUAAAAUUUUAAUGAUGCUUUCACCACACUUUACAGAGUUUUGAGUGUUGCAAUUAUUUGAUGAUUUGUCUGCUAGGCAAGAACCUCUGAGUUCUUGAUGUACUCUACACAGCAGAAGGGUCAGAUAUUUAACUCAUGCCCUGUGGAGUGGAAAGGAAGGAUUUGGCUCUAAACCUUAGAGGUAUUCUUUCAUAAAUAUUGGCAUAAUUACUGGGUAAUGGGUAUGUCAGUGGAACAGCCUAUUCUUUAUCUUACAUUAAUAGAAAUUAAUACUUGCUUUAUUGACUUCAGCCGUAUUUUGCCAUAUCGCUGACUUUUAUUUAAGCUGUGUAAUAAAGUAAAGAGAAUAUAUGACCAGGCAUUAAAAUCACAUUUCAUAAAUGUGAAAGCUGGGGCAAAACUCAAAGUCAUCUGUCAAUUUAAGUGUCUUACACCCUCAGUAGGUUUCUUUACAUAUGCUAUGAAGUUACCUAUGCAGUUUUUCCUGAAAUGAGGCAUCCCUACCCUCCAUCCAUGCAGUGCUUGACAGCUGAGAGGAAGAUGUUGCUGAUAUUCAGGUUCAGCUGAUGCUAAAUUUGACUUUGCAGCCUUCAAAGAUAGCUGUUCAGUUCACAGUUCAGGCACACAGCAAUGAACUGUCUUCUGUGAAUCUGAAAUUAAUUGUGAUGGAGCUGUUUUGAUAAGUGCUGCUGCAGUGUAAUGUCUUGGCCGCAUGAGCAUCACUGUUGCCCUUUCUAUCAGUAGGGUCCUUUGACUCCGAAUUAACGACCCCAAUGCUGACCUACUUCUUAUCCUGUCGUUGACAAAGGACCUUCUUAUUUUACCACAGUCUAGCACAAGCAGUCCAGGUGGGAAAUGUUUGUGCUCAGUAGCUGCUGGCACAAAUAGUGCUAUGAGCAUCAGAGGAUGGUGACCUACCCAGUUCUUCUCUGCUUCAGACAUGACUGCCAAAUGGCAUUUUGCUGGCAAGCUAAAGAAGAAAAAACGGGUAGUUGAAUAUCAUCAGCUUAUCAGUGUUACCAAAACAUUUUCCACAGACUUUUUCUUAUCCUAAGAAAAGAGCAAUUUUGAGUUAAAACCCUAGAAAAAGAAAAGCUUGGAAGACAUGUGGCUACAGAGUGCAGUUAAAAGCAAUUCUGUGCCCUCAGAGAGCUCCCAGCCUAACAAGCCUGUGGAAGGCUCCCAAGUCCAACACAGGACAUGCUCAGUGUGCCACUUCUAGUUCCAGCUUUAGAAGUGAGAUUCAUGGAAUCCAGCCAUGGAUUGGUCAUGGGGUCAGCAGGACUCACAAUUACAACCAGAAACCAGCUGAUGUGUUGAAGCAUGAGUGUUAGUAUCUCUUCUCUUUGAGCAGCAGUGUAAUACAGGUAAACACAUGAACACCCAAUUUUCUUUUUGACCCACAAAAAUGUCUUGGCCUUUUUUCAAAUAUUUUUUUUCUU